AUGGUCGCCACAACUACAGAACAAUUGACAUCCCUCGCCAGCACCACCGUCAUCGUCCAUCCCCUGGUGUUGCUUUCUGUAACCGACCACCACGCUCGAGCGGUACCUCGCAGCUCCAGCAAGCGUGUAAUCGGCGUGCUUCUUGGGCAAGACAAUGGCAAGACGAUAAACGUCGCCAACUCAUACGGUAUUCCUUUCGAAGAGGAUGAGAAAGACAGCAAGACAUGGUUCUUGGAUCACAACUAUAUCGAGUCAAUGUAUGAGCUCUUCAAGAAGGUCAAUGCUCGCGAAAGAAUGAUUGGGUGGUAUCAUUCAGGUCCAAAGCUGCGCGCGUCUGAUCAGGAAAUCAACGAGCUUUUCAAACGAUACAUUGCUCGCCCUGUCAUGGUGAUAGUGGACGUACGCCCGCAGACGGUCGGCAUUCCGACAGACGCAUACUUCGCUGUGGAGGAGAUCAAAGACGACGGCACCGAAACAAGGAAAACGUUCCUCCACGUACCAUCAGCUAUCGAGGCAGAAGAAGCAGAGGAGAUCGGUGUUGAGCACCUGCUCCGCGAUAUCAAAGACUCAACAACAACAACACUUUCCACCCGAGUCAGCGAGCAACUUUCGUCUCUCCGGGGUCUGCAAUCACGGCUAGGCGAUGUGCAGAAGUAUCUCGUUGACGUGGCUUCAGGCUCGAUGCCGGUAAACCACCAGAUCGUUUAUUACCUGCAGGACAUCCUGAACCUCCUACCCGACCUCUCCGAUCCCACUCUCACUUCCAGCGUCACAACCAACACCAACGACCAGCUUCUUGUCGUUUACCUCAGCAGUUUGCUUCGCGCUGUCAUUGCUCUGCACGCAUUAGUCGACAACAAGGCGUCAAUAGGGCGGUCAGAGUUGCAAGACGGCGGUGAUGACAAGGAGAAGGAGAAGAAAGGCCCCAAGUCGGAGAAGAAGGGUGACAAGGACGAUAAGACGAAAGAGUCGAGUACACCCGAGAAGAAGUAG